AAUUAAUACACAACUUAACUAAUAAAUACUUUUAGAUAUAUUGUAUAGAAUUUUUAUAAAAAUUAAAAUGUUAUCAAAAGUUUUAAUAUUUAUAUUAUUAAUUAAUAUAGAUUUUGUUGUUUUUUCUGAAUCAAUAGAGAAAACAAUUCAAGGACAUUGUACCAAAUUUGAAGAUUUAGCCAUAACUCCAAUGCAAUACUCUGAAUGUACUUUUUUGAAUUUGUUUGAAUGUAUCAGUGAUGCGGACAGUAGUGUAGACAUUGUUGAGAUAUUGAUGCCCGAAGUUAUCAACAAUACUAUGACAUGUAAUGGUAUUAUAACCGACAACCAUAAGGACAAUCCGUUUGAUUUGGUGUUAAGUAAUGGCGAAAUACAUAAAGUUGUUUAUAGCAAAUAUAAUCUUAUUGUAACUAUAAUUGACGGUGAUACCUACUAUCGUGAAGUUGGACUAUUCAAUGAUGGUCCCUGUGCUGGAUCUAAACUACAAGGUUGGUCCAUAUAUUUGCCACCCGAAGGCCAAUGUAUAACCAAACCGAUGACCACUUCAAAGCCACUGUUCGAGCACUUGAAGAUUACCGGCAACUGUAAGGCCACUUGUAGUGGACGUACGCUUUUUUCAUACAAACCUGGAAUUGUACCUGUUGAUAACAUCAUUGAAGAUAUUAAUAAUAAAUAUUAUGAUUAUAUUGUAGUCGGUUCGGGAGCUUCGGGUACAACAGUGGCCGCCCGGUUGGCUGAAAAUAGCCAAACAAGUGUAUUAUUGUUGGAAGCGGGCGGCAAACAAAACUUAUACAAUGAUAUUCCGGCAUUUGAACCGAAACUAACCGAAACCGACCAAAACUGGAAUUAUCCUAUUGUUAGCCAAAAAUAUUCAUAUUUAGGUUAUGUAGACAAUAGGGUAAACAUACCGCAGGGCCGAGUAUUGGGCGGAUCGACAGCCAUUAACUCAAUGAACUACUAUCGCGAAUGUCCCGACUAUUACCGAUUGUGGUCCGAUAUAACCGGUCUGAAAGGUUGGACUUUUGACGAUGUUUUGCCAUUUUUUCUGAAAACCGAAAACAAUUUGGACAACAAUUUAGUUACCGCUGAGCGCAGUUAUCAUAGAUCUGGUGGACAAUUGACAGUAACCACACCUACUAUUGAUGAAAUUUUUAAACAUUAUAUAAUUGCAUCGGAAAAAUUGGGCUACAAUUGGACACACAUGGAUGGUAGGCAACCAAUGGGAACAACACUCAUCCAAAAUACUAUCGAUGAUCAGGGAUGUCGUCAAUCAAUUUCAAAAGUAUUUCUCGACGUAAAUAAAAAUAAAAAUUUAAAAGUUUUGGUUAACUCUUUGGUAACAAAAAUAUUGUUUGACGAUAAAAAACGGGCGAUCGGUGUUGAAGUACUCGGAAAUGAUGACCUAAAGCACAAUGUUUUUGUCAAUAAGGAAGUGAUUAUAAGUGCCGGUGCUAUAGGCAGUCCUCAGCUGUUGAUGCUAUCGGGUAUCGGACCGGCAGAUCAUUUAAAACAAAUGGGUAUUCCUCUGGUUUCUAAUCUAAAAGUUGGCCAUAAUAUGAUUUAUUCGCCAUUUAUUCAAGCGAUUCAAUUUGAUAUAAUCAAUCAAUCGCUUGUCGACAAACCAUUGGAAACAUUUGACAAUAUUUACAAAUUUUUGGUCAACCAUUCCGGACCCUUAAGUCAGAAUUCAUUGGGUGUGACCUGUUUUCCGGAACUGCCAUACAAUAGCAGUACGUAUCCACAACUGAGCAACGGUUGUAUAUUACUACGAACCGGUUAUGUUGGUUCAGAUUUUGAUACAUUAGUUGCCCCAUACAAACAACCUGACCGAUGGCGCAAAUUUUAUCGGCCAUACCUAAAUCGUAGCAGUUUUCCUAUUUAUGCGACACUGAAACGCGCAAAAAGUACUGGUCGUAUACAACUAGCAUCGGCUACCGAUCCUCGCCAACCACCACUAAUUGAUCCGUGUCAAUUUUGUAAUAAAAACGACAUUGAUGAUCUGGUUAAAACAUUGAAAUUAGCAUUGAACAUCUACCAAAGCCCGUCAAUGCAAAAAUAUAUUCAAUUAUAUAGAUAUCCGGUUCCCGGUUGUAAUCCAUGUUCGGACAAUUAUUUUUGCGACAAUUAUCUCAAAUGUAUUAUCCAAACAAAUACCGAUUAUGUAUCACCGAUGGGCGGCUGCCGUAUAGGUCUAUCACCCGAUGAUCAAACCGGUGCUGUUGUCGAUGAAAAUUUCAAAGUAUAUUUUACUCGACAUUUUGAUUAUUGGUCAAAACGGGGUAUAACUGGUCCGAAACCAGUCAUCGGUUUCGGCAAUAAUCUGCCGCUAAUAUGGCGCACGCGGGCCGAUGUCGAUGUCCAGCGUAUGAAUAAAUAUGGACACAUAUAUGGUUACUUUGACGGCAAUCUACCGGUGCUUAUGAUUGUUGAACCAAAUCUCGUCAAACAAAUCUUUGUGAAAAAUUGGCCAAACUUUAUAAAUCGGGCAAAUCGUGCCGUUUUAAGUACACGACAACAUCCUAUACUCUGUCACAAUAUAGAUGAAGCUGAAGGUCGGGACUGGAAACGGAUCCGAUCUAUAAUGAGUACAGCUUUUACAUCGGCAAAGAUCAGGUCAAUGAUGCCAAAGGUUAGACAGUGUUUGAAACAAUUGACAACAGUUAUGGACAGGUAUGCCGCCAGUGGACAGACAAUCAAUAUGAAAGAAAUGUUUGAAAACUCAGUGUUGGACACCGUAGCCGCCACUGUCUACUCUAUUGACUUGAAUUGUGCGGUUACUCCGAACCACCCGUUUAUCAUAAAUAUAAAUCAGAUUUUGAAUCCCAAAUGGUAUCGUACGCUAGCAUUGCUUAUAUUACCGCAGUUUGUCCUUAAGUUGAUUGGUGUUAAUCUACUGACCGACGAAACGUCCAACGAGUACUUCUUUCAACUGACCCGUCAUAUUAUAAGUCAGCGAAAAGCCAACACUGAGACGGGUGGUAGUAGUGGUGGUAAGCGCUGGGACUUUAUUGAGUUGCUUAUGGAGGCCCACGCUGUUGAAGACCAGACUAUUAAUGAUAACAAUAAAACAGCUGAAGAUAACUAUAAACUCUAUGAAAAGGGUAUGACUAAAUACUUGACCGACGACGAGGUCAUAGCCAACGCCUGGUUUCUGACUGUUGGCGGCUAUGGAGUGACAGUUAUUACCCUAUCGUUUGCAACCUAUGAGUUGGCCUGUAAUCAAAGUCUUCAGCAAAAACUUUACGAUGAGAUUAAGACAGUCGUCAUCAAUAAUGACAAUGACGACCGACAACUAGAUGUCAAUCGGCUGCAAAAUCUACCGCUACUCGAGGCAGUCGUAUGCGAAACACAGCGCUUGCAUUCGCCGGCUCUCAUUGAAGGCCGGAUUGCCGAAAACGACUAUCCAAUGGACGGCCAACAAACAGGUAUAACUAUCAAAGCCGGAGAAGCCGUAGAAUUUGGCAUUUAUGCGAUGCAUAUGAAUGCCGACUACUAUCCAAACCCCGAACACUUCAAUGUCGACCGUUUUCUACCGGAAAAUCGUAAUCAACUGAAUUCCUAUGCAUUUCUACCGUUUGGUUUGGGUCCGCGACAGUGUAUUGCCAAACGGUUUGCAAUGAUUAAUAUGAAACUAACACUCGCGACAUUGGUAUUGAAAUACCGAUUCAAUACAUGUUCACAAACAGAUAUACCGCCCAAAGUAAUGAUAAGUAGUUUUUCAAAUAAACCAAAACGUAUUAAUUUGAAAAUUCAAGCUAGAUAA